CUGCUGCAACUCGGUGUUGAAGCAGCAGACUAGCUUGUUAGCUUAGCAUCUUAAUGUUUUUUGGGUCGCUCCGCAGCGCGAUGAGGUUGACGGCUCUUCUGAUGAUGGUAGCGAAAGCUGCAGCUCCUGAAACGAAGGUGGUUGUACCCAAAAAUUACCGCUACGGCACUAGCAGGCCUUGGACCGAGGCGGCCAAGAGGCGUAAUCCUCCGGGAAAGAUGAGGAAGAAGGUGUUUGUGGAGCCCAUAGCGUCUAAAGAUUGGACUGUGUUCAAAGGGGACUGGGUUGAGAUUCUCUUUGGGAAGGACAAGGGGAAGCAAGGCAAAGUGGUUCAAGUCAUCAGACCCAGAAACUGGGUCAUAAUAGCAGGACUGAAUACACAUUACAGGUACAUUGGAAAAACCGCAGAUUACAAAGGGACCUAUAUUGCCAGUGAAGCCCCGCUACUUGUUCGUGAUGUUGCUCUAAUCGAUCCCUCAGACAAGAAAGCCACUCAGGUGGAGUGGAGGUUUACAGAGGAGGGUGAGAGAGUGCGAGUAUCGCUCAGGACAGGUCGAAUUAUUCCUAAACCUGUUGUGGAGCGAGUAGAUGGCAUUGUGCCAGAGCAGUGGAAAGAUGGCCCCAAAGACACCAGUACAGAAGACACCUUAGAAAAGACCUAUGUGGCGUCUCUGAAAACCUUGGAGGAGGAGAUCAUGGAGAAGAUGGGUAUUGUGGAAAACAGGAGGCCUCAAACAUCCUUCUGGUAUUGACCAGAGAAAUCAGAGACACUCCAGCUCCAUGUUGUGCUCCUCCUUUUUUUUUUUUUUUUUUUUUUUUUUUUUGUAUCCAAAAGAGAACUGAAGGUCUUCACAGUGUUUUCUGAGGUAAAGCUGUGGUAGUGUAAGUUGUUUCUUCUAAUAUUGUGAAUAAAUGACACAUCUCAAACAAAAAUUUCA